UCCCAACUAAGUACGAUUGUGCGUCUGGCUGGAAAUCGCCGGGGACAAGCAAUUAGCUCAAGGUGGACGACUGCUACCAUGUCUGCGUUUGGCCGAUCGAAGCUGGUACGCGGCGCUGGCGAUGCCAUGUCGCGCGCGGGUGCACGUGGCUGGGGAUGGUACCACCGCUCUCUGGCCAAGAUGAACGCUCCCGAGGCGGCCCCUGUGGCCUACGACGUCGUGGUGCCCACACCCGCUCAACCGCGACCGCGUGCCUUCCUGGACGUUAGCAUUGGUGGUGCUAAGGCCGAACGCAUUGUAGUGGAGCUGGCCAAGGACAUCGUGCCGCAAACAGCCACUAAUUUCAUCAAGAUGUGCACGGACGGCUUCAAGUCCAAGGCGUUGGGCUCGGGAUCGUACAAGAACUCCAAGUUCCACAACGUCACUAAGGGCGUGUAUCUCGUGGGUGGUGACGUGCUCAACGGCGACGGAACGGGUGGUCACGCUGCGCUAGAGGAGAACCAGCGUUACUUCGACGACGAGAACUACGCGCUGCAGUUCUCGGAGGAGGGCGUACUUGGCAUGGCCAACGCUGGCCUCAACAAGAACGCGUCGCAGUUCUUUAUCUCGCUCAAGCCGCUGCCGCACCUCAACGGCCGCAAUGUCGCGUUCGGCAAGGUCGUGGAGGGCAAGAAUGUGUUAAAGAAUAUUGAGAGUGUCUACUGCGUGAAGAACAAGCCGCUGACGGACAUUGAGAUCGUCAGCUGCGGAGUGCUGUAAGCGGGCAGAAAUCUCGCUCCCUUGCAUACACUAUCGAGAAACAGGCAGGUACAGGAGACGAGGGCGGCGACAGGGAAGCUGAGUGGACUAAUAGAUGAAACACGAUGAGUGGCGGCGCCUUUGUCUCUCAGAUAUUGUUGUGUUUUCCAGCUUUGCGAGCGGCAACGCUAUGAUAACCUUCAUGACGUUCAUCGCGCACUGCCACAGAUCAAACAUCGUAGUGCUCAAAGUUACUUAUAGCUGCGCGUUUCUAGUCACUCCUGAAGCUGUUGUAGAUGACCAACGUCAGCAAGAUCGUCGUCGUCAUGCAACACCGGACACUGUGCUUUUUAUCUUGUUUUUUUUUUUCAUUUAAUUUCUUUUGGUAAAAUAUUCACACGCAUGAAAAAGAUAAAGAGUACCAACUUCCGUCGCAUCACCGCUCACUCUGCACCCGCGAUGCAUCCGUAGGUGGCUACAAGCAUUUU